GUAGUAAUAACAGUAGUGCAGACUGCUCCUGGACAUGAUCUUCAGCAGUAGAUGGCAGCGUAGAGUUAAAGCAUUAAGCUAGCUAAAGUUACAUGGUUUUGCUUACUCCUCUGCUCCAGCUCCUCUUCCUGUACCAACUAACCCACAUUUCUGCUGACCGAGGAGGUUCUCUUCAGAUAUCCCUCUGUCAGCUGACAGCUUUUGUGAUGCUAGCAUGUUAGCACGCCGAUUCUGCGCUGUUUUGAAUGGCUUUUUUUGCAUUUGCUCUCGACCAUUUUUGUUCUCCUUCCCCGUUUAACCUGGACAUUGAAGCCGUGGAGAAAGCGAACAUGUUCAUCGUGUAGCUACCUGACGCAAAGUGGAUUUUCAUAGCACGAAGGAGCUAGCAGCUAGCAAGCAAAUCUCCUUAGCAGCCGUAAUCGCUCCGGUAACUAGCCUACCGUUAGCCACCGUUAGCUAACUAGCUGUGACCGGAGGUUAGCUAACCAACGGUCAGAAUGAGGAGCUCUAAAGUUUCGGGAAAGUGAGUUAUGUGAACACCCUCGGCUCACGCUGAGGUAAGUGGGGAUUUAAAUGGCAAAAAUUGAGCAGGGCAACGGACGUGUCUCCCGGGACAGCGAAGACAAGCUGAGAGAUAACGGGAACGGCAGCUCGCACGGAUCUGACCCCGAGACAAAUGGCAGUGUCCCCGGGGAGAAGGAGGUGGACAAGUACGGAUUCACGGGAGGGGCCCAGCAGCGGUGUGGAGAGUCUGCUGUGCAAAUCCCCACUGAGGUGCUGAGGCAACGGGAGGCAAAAUGGCUGGAGAUGCUCAACAGCUGGGACAAGUGGAUGGCCAAAAAACACAAGAAGGUGAAAGAGCGCUGUCAGAAGGGCGUCCCUCCAUCACUGCGCGGCAGGGCCUGGCUCUACCUCACCGGGGGCAAAGUGAGAAGGGAGCAGAACCAGGGCAAAUUCCAGGCCCUGGACAGUCAGCCGGGAGAUCCUAAGUGGGUAGAUAUUAUUGAGAGGGACCUCCAUCGACAGUUCCCCUUCCAUGAAAUGUUCGCAGCGAGAGGAGGUCAUGGGCAGCAAGACCUGCUGCGCGUGUUGAAGGCUUACACUCUGCAUCGCCCUGAAGAGGGUUACUGUCAGGCUCAGGCUCCCAUUGCUGCUGUACUCCUGAUGCAUAUGCCAGCAGAGGAUGCAUUCUGGGUUCUUGUCCAGAUUUGUGAGAAAUAUCUUCCUGGAUACUACAGUACAGGGCUGGAGGCGAUCCAGCUGGACGGGGAGAUCCUGUACGCUCUGCUGAGGCGAGUGUCUCCCGCGGCCCACCGUCACCUGAAGAAGCACAAGAUGGAGCCCAUCCUGUACAUGACUGAGUGGUUCAUGUGCGCCUUCUCUCGGACUCUGCCGUGGGCCUCGGUGCUUCGUGUGUGGGACAUGUUCCUCUGUGAGGGAGUAAAAAUUAUCUUUCGAGUGGGCCUGGUUCUCCUAAAAUCCAUGUUGGGAUCCCAAGAGAAACUCAAGACCUGUCAAGGUCUCUACGAAACGAUGGAGCUGCUCCGAGCUGUACGGCCACAGUAUAUGCAGGAAGCCUUUCUGGUGCACGAGAUUAUUGAGUUAGAGGUGUCUGAGAAGGACAUUGAACGGGAACACCACGCUCAGCUGCGUCGCUGGAAAGAGACUCACGGAGAUCUGCACUGCAAGUCCCCUCCCAGGAUGCACGGCGCCAAGGCCAUCAUGGCUGCCGAGCCGCCCAGUCGACAGGACCUGAGACAGAUGCCCACCAUUAUUGUGGAGUCUUCCUUGGCCCCACAGACAGGUGGGCAGAGAGCAGAGGGAGCAAAGGAGAACGGAAAGACUAAAACAGAGAAAUCGAAAACAAUCCCUCCGCCACAGGAGACUGUUAAUUCUUACCUUCCUCCUGGUGACCCCUCACCUCUCGUUAAACCCGUGGCUGUACAAGGGUCCAAAGAGAGCCUGGGGAGUGCAGAGCACGACACAUACCUUUAGCAGGGUAAAGGGCAGCAAUUUACUCGCAUAAAACAUUCUGCACAGCCUUUACUAACUUACUCACUCACUGCUGUGUUCAGAGACCAGCCUUCACAGGACUGAGGCUCUGUAGCAGUCCAGACUUUCACAGGUUUUUAGUACAAUAGCUAUUUUUAAAAUCAAGAAAAGAAGGAACUACGUAAAAAAAAUGUCAUUGCUCCAAUUGCUAAUCAGUCCCUGUAAUACUUGCCACAUUUGUCAGGGUCAUUUCAUGUUUACCAGGUUCUAUCUGCUCUCACAGUCAGGUUCUGCAUAAAAGCCCAUGGAACUCAUAAAUGUGGUGAUAAUCUCUCGCCUACUCACUGUUAACAGCUGCUGCUGAAUACCUCUUACACUUAUAUUUGACUGUUGUUUCUUUCCAUUGGUUAUCAUUUGAUUCCAAUUUGUUUCUCUGUUGAUGAGGACAUUUCUAGAGCACUUUACUUUUUUUUUUUAUGGUCUUCCGCUUAUCUCUUACAUGUUAGCCAUUAUGUUGCCAGAGCUUUGUGUUGGUCCUGCUUUGUUGGACUCACGGUUUAUCGGAGUGUCUCUUUAGAAUUUUGUGCUGCGUCCAGCCUCUUGUCUCCGCUGGUUCCGAACACUUGAGGGCGCCCUGAGAUUGUCUCAGUCGCAGCAGAAGCCUGCGGGAGACUUUGCGAGGGCAAAAACUGACGCAAUGAAGGAAGAAGUGUGAAGCGACCUUUUGUGCCACUAAGCCAAUGAAUUGUAACGCAUAUUUUUACUAUAGAUUUUGUCUUAGCCGUUCAAUCAUAAUGUGAUACCGCACAGGAUAUAGAGAGGAUCAUAUUUAUAUUUAUGCUGUGAAUGAGAAACCAUAAAAUGCCAUUCCAAAGAAAGUUAUUACAAAGCUGAUUUCUUUUUUUCUUAUUUUCCUAAAUGUUUGUGGGUCCUUUGACUUGAAGAUAUCUAUUUGUACUACAAAAGACAAACAAAGCAUUAGGAGUUUUAAAAAAAUGUGACCCUUAAACUUGGAAAUCUCACUGAAAUGUUUCGCAAAGUCUAACGUAGAAAAAGCAACCACGAAUAAGUUACUAAAAAUGUACAAAUGAAGAUGUACAAUUAGUAUUACUUUAUCAGUGUUAAAAGACAUUAAAAGUCAAAGGACCCAUACAUCUUCAAUAUUAACCAAACGGUGUGUGAUGAUAAUAAUUGUAUCUGAAAUCCUCUUGAGGAGCAAUCAACAUUUGGCUCCCUGUCCAGGGAAUCCUUCCAUAACAGUAACGUGUGUACCUGCUCCUUUCUUUCAUGGAAAAUCGUUUUGGGUGCAGGUUAAAUUUUGAAGGCUGUGGAGUAUAUGCUAUGGGUUCACUUUCCUUCGUUUAGGAACUACUGUUUACCAGCCAUGUCUUUUGAAGCUUUUAGAUAAUGCAUUUAUUAAUAUGUAGCAAGAACACAAAUAUCACUUAGAACCAACAUGCAGUUCUAGCAGGAGCUUUUAGACGGUGCCACUGUGCUUCAUCCAGGGAUUCAAAUCUAUCCAGUCAUGCUGUGGGAUACAGGACGACAGAAUGUAGGUCGGCUUUUUUUUUUCAUUUUCUUUCAGUAUGAAAAGUCUAAACGUUAUUUAAGCCUUAGGCUUGUGAAUGUGCAACAUGCCCUGCUGUUUUCAUAUAGGACUUUAUUAUGGAUCUGUUUGCUUAUUUGAUUUCAGAUCAACUUUUCAUAUCAAGCUGUUUUAUGCCAAAUUACAUUUCAAUCAAUAAAUGUUUCUCUCUCAGCUUA